AUGGAGCCCAUGACUGGAGUACAGAAGGGAAACCAAUCCAGUGCACAAGAGUUUAUCUUCCUGGGAUUCCCUGGCAAUCAAAACUUGCAGAUCUCGCUCACUGUGGUGUUUACCACAACGUAUAUCCUGAUAGUGACAGGAAAUGUUGCCAUAAUAGCUCUAGUCAUGGCCCGCCCUCACCUCCAGAAGCCCAUGUACAUUUUCCUUUCCAACCUCUCCUUCCUGGAGAUCUGGUACACCACAGCCUCUGUCCCUAAGGCCAUUGCCGUUUUACUGGGGAAAAGCAAAACCAUCUCGUUUGUCGGUUGCAUCCUGCAGAUGUACUUCAUUUUCUCCAUGGGCUGUACAGAAUUUUUCCUCCUGUCUGUCAUGGCCUAUGACCGUUAUCUGGCCAUUUGCUACCCGUUGCAUUAUAGCACCCUCAUGAGCAGCACCAAGUCAGCUCAGCUGGUUUUUUUAUGCUGGGUGUCUGGUUUCCUUUUUAUGAUAAUCCACAAUUCUCUGGUAGCUAGGUUGUCCUUCUGUGGCUCUAAUGUCAUCAAUAAUUUCUUCUGCAGCACCGAUUCCUUGAUCUUUCUCGCCUGCUCAGACACAUCUGUGGUUAAGUGGGUUGGUUUCCUUAUGGCAAUCAUCGUCAUCCUGGGAUCAUGUUUGACAACCCUGGUCUCCUACAUUUUCAUCAUCUCCACCAUCCUGAGGAUCCCGUCUGCUCAAGGUCGGCAAAAGUCCUUUUCCACCUGCUCAGCCCAUCUCGUUGUUGUGAUGAUGUGGUACGGCUCCAACAUCUUUCUAUACGUGAGGUAUUCCAAAGAGAACUCCUUGGAGAUCAACAAGAUCAUCAACACGUUGAGUAUUAUUAUUACUCCGCUGUUAAACCCUUUCAUCUACACUCUGAGAAAUAAAGAGGUGAAGGAGGCUUUAGGGAAGGUGUUUAGGAGGACGUGA